AAACUAUCUAAUGGGAAAUACAGCAUGCGGACAAUGGUGAGGUAAACUCUGAGAUGGCAAUGAAGAAGAUAAGGAAUCCAAACGAAGAUCAACUAUAAGGCCGGAGAAAAGCGAAAAGAGAGCAAAGAAGAGAAAGGAGAAAGCUGAAAAGAGAUGCCAGCGGUCCAAAGAAAAUUCACCAGCAAAGAUAUUAGACCAAAAGGAAUUUUAUGAUGAGUUUUCGAGUUCUGAUUAUGAAGAUUCUGACUAUGGCGACAUACAUACCAAGCCAAGCUUCACUAGGAAAGGGUAUUGCAAGCAAAUGUUUAAGGAGUUUAUCUAUGAUUGGAUCAAAGAAAACCUAGAGUCUGAAACAGCACUUGCCAAAUUCAUUAAGCUUGGGCCUUUCAAAGUGAAAACAAGGGAUGCUGGAGCUUCUGAUGAUACUUCUUCUUACAAAAUACAGAAGAAAGUUGAAUAUGGCAAAGGUACUAGCAAGGAGAACAACGGGAAGAAAAUGAAGUCUCUGUAUUUUGGAGAAUUCCUUGGGAACUGCAAACAAGGAAGAGGAGUAUACCUGGAAAACAAACAAAAUCUUUACGAAGGAUUUUUUGUAAAUGACAAGCCUGAAGGCAAGGGCAGACUCAUAUAUAGUAACGGAGAUGUCUACCAAGGGGAGUUCGAGAACGGACAAUUCUUUGGAUACGGUAAACUAGUAACAAAGACUGGUUUCUGCCAAGGAAAUUUCAAAGAUGGGAGACUCAAUGGCAUUGCCCUUGAGAUAAUGAAACAAUCCCCAAAGGAUAAGUACUUUGGUAAUUUCGUGAACGGCAUGAAGCAUGGUGAAGGAGAAUUAAUCUUUGAGGACGGAGAUGAGUAUAAUGGAGAAUUUAAGAAUAAUAAGUUCCACGGAGAAGGAACAAUGAUGCAUGCUAAUGGUGAUGUGUACACAGGAUAUUAUAAGGAUUCUUUGAGGAAUGGUAGAGGAAAGUUUACUUUCAAAUCAGGCAAAGUUUAUGCUGGAUACUUUGAAAAUAAUAUGUUUGAAGGUCAAGGAACACUGACAAAGAAAGAUGGCAAUUCAUAUGAAGGAAACUUCCACUUGGGAAAGAGGCAUGGUGAAGGAUACCAUAUUGACAAAAAAGGAAAAAGAACAAGAGUUAGAUAUAAAAAUGGAGAGGAAGUUAAAUAA